CAGAUGAGUUCGACAGAGACCCUCCGGUCGUGCAGCAGCUGAAAAGAACCUUCAAAUACUUUCAGGACUACAGACAGAUGAUCAUCGAGCCGACAAGUCCGAAGCUGCUGCCCGACCCUCUGAAGGAGCCGUACUACCAACCUCCGUACACUCUGGUGCUGGAGCUCACCGACGUCCUGCUGCACCCGGAGUGGUCGUUGUCGACAGGUUGGCGGUUUAAGAAACGUCCGGGCAUCGACUACCUCUUCCAGCAGCUGGCGCCGCUUUACGAGAUCGUCAUCUUCACUGCAGAGACCGGCAUGACAGCGUAUCCUCUCAUCGACAGCAUUGAUCCUCAGGGUUUCGUGAUGUAUCGUCUCUUCAGAGAUGCAACACACUACAUGGAGGGACAUCAUGUCAAGGACGUGUCGUGUCUCAACCGGGACACCAGCAAGGUGAUCGUGGUGGACUGUAAGCGGGAGGCGUUCAGCUUGCAGCCCUUCAACGGAAUGGCCCUGAAGAAAUGGGACGGGAACUCGGAGGAUCGGACGCUCUACGACCUCGCCAACUUUCUCAAGACCAUCGCUCUGAGCGGAGUGGACGACGUUCGUUCGGUGCUGGAGAACUAUGCGCUGGAGGACGACCCCAUCGAGGCCUUCAAACGCAGACAGGCUCAGCUGGCGCAGGAGGAGGAGCAGCGUCUGGCCGAACUCUCCCAGCAGAAGAAACAGGGACUCUCUCUCGGCUCCAUCGCUUCCCGGUUCUGGCGCUCCAAACAGCAGUGAGCCCCGCCCCCUCGCACCAAUCACAGUUCGGCUCUCUGCCAGCGUCAAGGUGAGGGGAGAGGCCGGAGGAGAGGAGGCGGGGUGGGUCUGCGGACUGUAGCUGGGCGCCCUCCGCUGUCGCAAGCAACAGCGGGCGUGUCUGCAGUGCUGAAAUGGAGCAAGGACAUUGGCCGUGGUGCGCACCGAUGAGGGAGGAGCUUAUUUUGUUAAUUAUUUUCUUGGUGGCAGGGCGUCAGUGGCGCCCUCCCUUGGUCAUCGUGGCGUGCUGAUGCAUCUCAGGCCGCCGAAGCUCCAGGUCCUGUUGAAACUGUUGUUGGUCGGAGGCAGAUCUGAGAUCAGCACUGCUCUCGCCACGCCCGCUGUGGACGGCGCCGCCCAUCACAGGAUGUGACAUCAGCAGGUCGCACCGAACCACACCCUCACAACGUCUGUUUUAUUCCUCUGUGUCUCAGACGCUGCCGCAGACUUUGUUCAUCCAUGAAAAUUGUUUCUAGAAAAAUAAAUGUAAAUAUCACAGUUUUCUGAAAGAGUUUAUUCACUGUGUCGAACGGGCGGAGCUCCCGGUGGACGGGCGGAGCUCCCGGUGGACGGGCGGAGCUCCCGGUGGACGGGCGGAGCUCCGUUUGGCAUGUGGACAUUUUGAAGACUGGAACGGCAGCUGAGCCAGCGGGCGGAGGGACGACGGACGAACUGAAGCAAAAGUUUAACUUAUUAUUUUUACCUUUCGCCCAAACUCUGACAAACGUUUGACCAGCGAUGUCUCGUCCCUCGUCAGCUCCGAGCGAAGACGUUUAAAAACACCUCACUAACGUAAAGUUCCAUCUGAAUAAAACUUGUCGUUACCCGUCGUUCAGUCGCAGGAGGAAGUAGAUCCUGUUUCUGGACUGUUUUCAGCGGCGAAUUAAUCCACAUCAGGUGUCGUGAGCGUCCAGACGAGUGUUUUAGCUCCGUAUCAGAAAUAAUCUCCGUCCACACUAACACACCUGAAAACAUGUCACAUGACCAUUCACGUCCGCUGGUCGUGUGGUGUAAACAGGAAGUAGAUCGUCCUUAUUUACCCUCACAAAGCGAUGGGAGGCGGCUGGUGAACUGAUCCCACGUCGCCAUCGAGCCGACGCCCUCGAGUUGGAAGCUGUGAUUGGUCGAAUUCGUUCGGACGAUCGCACCAAGCGGUGAAACAUCGCGUUUCUUCGAAAGCUGCGUGAACGACACUUGUCGUUAGUUGUCAGUGUUCGAUAACCGGGUCACGUGACAGAAGACGAAGAAAUCAGGAACCAAUCAGAACGAGAGCGUCUGCGUCAUCGUUUACAAACGUCUCCGUUUCUGUCCAACCUCUGAUUUAGAGGCUGGACAUCUGGACGCACGGCGUAACCAUAGCGACGGUGAGGACUGAAACACGUGGACGGAGACGUCAGCGCGUGUUUGUUGUUCUUCUCUCUGAAAUAAGACGAGUCCGGAGCGAACGACCAACCAGAGAGAGGAGGUGCCUGUUCAGUAACCGUGACGACUCCGAGGCUCAGCUGCCGUUCUGCUCCGAGUGUUUGUGGAAGAAUCGACUUGAUCAAUAAAGGAAACUAAUCAUGA